GAAGUUGUGGUUGUGUUACGGACAGUCGAGGCGGAGGAAUUCAGUUUGAAGAAAAAACAACCAGGAAGUUGAACGAAGGAGGAAACGUUUUCUUGAGAGAAACAUCAAACCUCUUCAAAGAGGUUUUCUACAAACUGAGUAGAACUGCGUCAGCUGGACAGGAAGUCGAUCCACCGGGCUAAAGGAUGGACUUUGAUCCGGAGCAUGGAGGAGUCGCUGCAAAGCCGGAGCCACAGGACAAGGUGCAGGCCUUGCAGAAUCAGGUAGAUGGAGUGAAAAACAUCAUGACACAGAAUGUGGACCGGAUCCUGGCUCGGGGAGAGAGACUGGACGAACUCAUGGACAAGUCAGAGGACCUGCAAGCAGGGGCUCAGCACUUCAAGCAGACGUCUCAGAAGGUGGCUCGCUCCUACUGGUGGAAAAACGUCAAGCUAAUCGUGGUCAUCGUGGUCAUCGUCCUCAUCAUCAUCCUCAUCAUCAUCCUGCUGGCCACAGGUGUUAUUCCUGUCAGUUCCCCCGUGCCUCCUUUAGUCCCUCCCACUGAAAAGCCAUAAACACACACAUAUAAUGUACAUAUAGAUAUAAUUUAAUCUUAAACAUAUUGCACAGUACAAAGCAUUCUGUAGGCUCCUGAUAAUCACUGGGCUUUCUGGUGAAACCUUUAUUACUUCCGAGGUAGUUUCUACUGGUAACUUUCUUGCUUAUUUUGGAAUUUGUGGUUAAGGAACUUUAAUGAAACACUUUUGAAACCCUUUUAAAACACAAUUCCAUCUCAUCCUUCAUCAAUAUUUGAAAUUGUGAGAAAUUAAAGAAGUGUCUGGCAGGUGUGAAGUCUUCACCUGCCAGCAGACAAACACUGUCACACAUCAUCCCACCACAUCAGCUCUGUUUGCUUUAAGGGCACAGAGGAAGUCACUUUAGUGUGUGUAGAUAUAAAUCAUGUUUUUGGAUGUCUCCAGCCUCUUACUCCAUAUCAUGUUUGACUUGGAAGUUAUCACAUGCACAUUUUAAAAAGGACAGUUUGUAUAGUUAAAAAAUGAAACAUGCAGUGUCUUAAAAAUGUCAUCAACAUUUUUUUCUUAGUUUUUGUUGCAGACAUUGGACAGAUGCACGAAAUGAAAUCUGUAACAAUUUUAGGUCACAGUUUAUUUAAUAAAAAGCUGUGAUGUGUUUUGGAUACAUAUGUUAUCAUUUAUACCAAGCACUUCCAGUUUCAGACAAUGUAGAAAAAGUAAUCAUUCCACUGAAAUCUAAAAUGUGUCUGAUACUUUGUUGAAUGUAUGCAGUCAUCACUGUUUGUCCUUUGUCCGAGGAGGGGUUUGAAUAGUACACGCUCAAUCUGAAAAUGAUACAGCUUUUGCAGUUGUGUGGUUUCUCUGCGUGCUCCCUUGAAGGUAUGAUGACAGAAAACUGUAGAUUUGUACAUUUGUCUGCCUUUUAACUGAUUUAUUUUUUUCCUUUCUGUGUUUUAACUGUAGAAAUAUUGCAGUCUAAAUGUAUGUUUAGUACACAAUAAACAAAGCACCGGGUCAGCUGUUAAAGAUCUAUCACCACACUCCAGGCUCUUCCAGCCAACCAGCUGAGAGAGCUCACUUAAAGCCCCGGUUGCGUACGUGUCACAGUCACAUCUUCCAACUAGAAACCUCCACCUCUGUCUGAUGUGACCAGUUUAGCUGUAACUUAACUCCCAUUGUUAACUGUAAAUAGUCAACAUAUUCUUAGCCUUUAAGCAGCUAGUCAAUUAAAGUUUCUGUUCGUUUAGAGGGUAUUUAUUUAAUCCUUUGUCAUUUGUAUUUUCUUAUCAAAAAUCAAUACGGAUUAAUAAUAAAAUGCUAUGUUCAAUGAC